UCGAGCGAGAGCGCAUGCGCGGGACGCUGUUCGAUUCCACCUCUCCUGCCCAAAUGAUAAAUGACCUGGAAGAGAUUGCUGGGAUCUACCGAGAGCUCAGCAAAUUUCCAACUCCCUUGAAAGCUUGCAUCAGACCACAAGUUACAUUAAAAAGUACAGAAAAGUACAGCAUCAUCUCUGCAGAGUGGUCUCAGAGGGAUCUUGAGCAGGCUGAGAGAGUGAAAGCAUUUCAAGAGUACAUUGUCUUCCAUGACGAAACUUCCAUUGUGUGCACUAGCCGUUUAGGAAGUUGCACAGAACGGCAAGAUGGAUUACUGAGUAGAGAUUCACCUUCUGGCACCUUGAAAGCUGUCAUCAGGGAGCAUACUAACAGAAAGCAGGAAAAGCAACAGUAUCUGGAGAUCUGGAACAAAAACUCCAAGGAGAAGAGCAUAAACCUGACUGCACUUGACAAGCAUGGCAAGGUGUAUGAAGAUGAGCAGUUUGGCUGCCUGGAAUGGUCUUACUCUGAAACUUGCAUUUUGUACAUCGCUGAAAAGAAAAGACCCAAGCUUGAAUCCUUCUUCCAGUCUAAACCAGAGCUCAGUGUAAAUGAGGAUGUUGAAGACAACAGAGCAAAAAGUGACCCAAAAUCUGAGAAAAGUAGUCAGUUUGAAUAUUGGGAGGAUUGGGGUGAAGGGUUGGCAAACAAGAGUACUCCAGUCCUCUGUGUCUUAAACAUCCGGAGUGGAAACAUCUCAGUACGGGAUGAGGUGCCUGAGCAUAUUUCUCCUGGAGAGGCAAUCUGGGCUCCUAAGGAUGCUGGAGUUAUCUUUGUUGGCCGUUGUCACGUGCCUUGGCGAUUGGGUCUCAAAUACUGCACCAAUCGGAAAUCAGCUCUGUACUGUGUGGACUUAGCAAGGAAUGAAUGUGUGCAGAUUUCUUCUGGAAUAAAUUCUGUACAUUCUCCACGCCUUAGUCCUGACCAGCACCAUCUGAUUUAUCUGGAAGGUGGCAACAUUAAGACUCAUCAUCAGUGCUACAGCCUGUCCUUGUAUAAUUUGGAUAAAAAAGUGACAUCAACUGUGGUAAAGAUUGUGGAUUAUCCAACAAUAGAUGGAUUUACUGGCAUUUACUCUUCAUCACUGGCACGAAAAUGUUGGGCAACUGAUAGCCAGCGAGUCCUCAUUGACACACCACAGAGAAGCAGGAAGGAUCUAAUUGUAGUGAACAUUGCAAAAGAAAUUGUAACAUCCCUCACUGCUGGUUCCGAAAUGGGGAGUUGGACACUACUGGAUGUUCACCAGGACCUAAUUGUGGUCAGCUGCUCAUCCCCUAAAUGUCCACCUUUUUUGCAGGUGGGUUUCCUGCCACCUGCAGGACAGGAGCAAGAGAUUGUCUGGAUGCCUCUAGAUGCACCUGAACCACUGCAAGACAUAGAGUGGAAAAUCCUGACUUUUACACCUCCUCUUAAGCAAGAGAAUCCAAAGUUUCGGAGACUUCUCUUUGAGGGUAUUUUGCUUGCUCCUGUGCGGGGAAAAAAUGGAAAACCUCCGCUUGUUGUAAGUCCACAUGGAGGACCUAACUCUGUCUUCAUUGCAUGUUGGAUGUUGCUGCCCAUUGCCUUUUGUAGGUUAGGAUAUUCAGUGCUGCUUGUGAAUUAUAGAGGAUCUUGUGGCUUUGGACAAGGCAGUAUUUGGUCACUACUCGGUAAUAUAGGAAGGCAAGACGUGAAAGACGUGCAGUUUGCUGUCGAAAGUGUGUUAAAGGAAGGAUUUGUAAAUUCUGAGAAGAUUUUACUAAUUGGUGGCUCACAUGGAGGAUUUAUUGGUUGUCACCUGAUUGGCCAGUAUCCUGGUUUCUACAAGGCCUUUGCUACUAGGAAUCCUGUCAUCAACCUGGCUUCCAAGCUGGGGACAACAGAUAUUCCUGACCACACUAUGGUGCAAGCUGGCUUUGAGUUUGCCCCAGACCAGUUACCUACUCCCUCUGUGUUGGCAACGUUAUUGAGCAAGUCACCCAUUGUAUCUAUUUCUCAGGCAACAACUCCAGUUUUGAUAAUGUUAGGUGAGAAAGACAAACGGGUUCCCCCUUCACAAGGUCUUCAACUCCACAGUGCGCUGAAAGCCAGAGGGGUUCCUGUACGGUUACUGUGGUACCCUGAUGACAACCAUGCGCUCUCCAACAUUGACACAGAAGCUGAUGUGUUCAUGAAUGUUGCUAUGUGGUUUAACUUUGCACUGAACAGACUGCAGCAGCUUGAGACAACCUAAAGUAUUGAAGUCAGUCCAACCAAGGUCCUAUCUAACUUUAGUUCAAAUUAUUUAAUUUUAUUUGAUGAUCUAAGAGUAUUUUAAGUGCCUUUCCUCUUAGUACGACUGAAGAGUUGUAGGUUGACCUUACUCAGUCAAGCUAUCAUUGCCUCAGUAGUAACUUUCCUGUAAAUUAAUUGUUUUAAUAUCUGACACAUGUCUUUAAGUGAAUUAUGUAAUAUGAAAAUUUUGUGUGAUCAAGGGGGAAUGGCUUAUUACUAGAGACUACCUGUCUUGGUUAAGAUAAUAAAUAGAAAUAUCACUGCUUAUUUAAAUCCAUGGAGUGUAUCACUUUGGGAUAUUUUUGAAGAUUCUCAAGAAGUGGCAAAAUUUAUCUUUCAUCCCUGACCACUCGAACAGCCAUAGCUAUUUGUGGUACCUGAAUACAGAACAGAUGGUAUAUCCAAAUUUCAUUUGUUGAAGAUGGAAUAUUUUGAAAUAUCUUCACAGUAUAAAAGAUGAUGACGUUCUUCCUUUCUUUGUGACUUUAUACAUUCUCAAGAUUUAUAAAUCUACAAGAUAUGUAGAUCCUGCUGGAUUUAGUUAGUCUAUACCACUGUUUAACUUUAUGUUCCACCUGGGAGAAAUAAAGAGUGGCACAGUGGCAUUGCAGCUUCAAUGUCCUGAUCACAACCCUAACCUCCAGUGUUGUCUAUGUGGAGUUGGCUUUCCCUGCAUCUUGCUUCUUCCAGGUGCUUAGAAGCAUUUCUUCAAUAUCUUAAAAUAAAAGCUUCAUAUUGAUAUUGGCAGCCUCAAUUUC